AUGAAAAGAUUGGAGCUUGAAGUUAGAAGAUGCAAUGUGGGCGUAUGGGACCUCUACAAAACUCCAAUUGGUAUGUCUCCAUUCCGCCUCGUCUAUGGAAAGUCUUGUCAUUUACCGGUGGAAUUGGAACACAAGGCAUAUUGGGCGGUUAAAAAGUGCAAUUUCAAUCUUGAAGAAAGUGGAAAGCACCGAAAAAUGCAACUUCAAGAAAUCGAGGAGUUGAGGAACAAGUCUUAUGCAAAUGCAAGCAUCUACAAAGACAAGACAAAAGCGUUUCAUGACAAGCACAUUACUCGAAAGCAUUUUAUUCCGGGCCAAAAAGUUCUUCUUUAUCAUUCACGCUUAAAGCUAUUCCCGGGAAAGUUGCGAUUUCGAUGGCACGGACCUUUUAUUGUUAUAAAAGUGUUUGAUCAUGGUGCAGUUGAAAUUAAGAGUUUAGACACAAAUCAAAUAUUCAAAGUGAAUGGGCACCGCUUGAAACCUUUUUAUGAAGGCUUUGACACGGGAGAAUUUGAUAACAUAACAUUGGAAAACCUGAAUUACAAAGAUUGA